AUGAAAAGCGGAAAGUUUGUCAUCGCAACACUCUUGCUCAUCAACGCGCCCUUCGCGGGAGGCUUCGUACUUCCGAAGAACGAAGUACCUUCACAUCUGGUUUUUGGACCUGGCUCAGUACUUCCGCAAUCGAGCAUCUCUGAUAAGCAUGGUUCAAGUUUUCAAGCAACAUCAUCUCCAUCGAGUGACGUUCCCGAAACUUUGAAGGGUUCCGCGAAGAAUGGGAAGUCCUUGGAGGAACUUCGCCUAGAAGGUGGACGUCUUUCUUUCAACACACCAAUCGGGGCAUUGAACCUGUUCGCCAUCUACUAUGGGCUGGUGUCACUUUUCCUUGCUAUUCCUUGGUUUGCUGCCCUCAAAACCUGUCAGUUUGCGUACUGGAUUACGGGAGGAAGAUUUGACAAAAAGAGGCGGGUACCAGUUUUUUUGAGUCAUGUAUGGGGUGUUGCUUUGAUGAGAUUGACUCGAUCAUAUCCAGAGAUCGAAAAUCUGGAAAUCCUUGAGAAAUUCUACGCUGAAGGGAAACCAGCGAUGUUCGUUGCGAAUCACUGUUCAUGGAUGGAUAUCCCUUUUCUUGGAGCAGCUGUUGGAUGGAGAAACUACAAACUUGUUUCCAAAAAGGAACUAGGAAUUGUACCCGUGCUUGGAACUUCAAUCAAGGUUGGCGGUCAUAUCAUGGUUGACCGAACGGAUCGCAGGUCACAAGUAAGGACGUUGAAACAGGGAAUAAAUUACUUGAAGAAGGAUGGAAUUCAUCUGUGUACAUUUCCGGAAGGUACAAGGUCGCGUACAGGCCGUCUCAUGGCGUUCAAAAAUGGAGCAUUUAAAAUGGCCCACAAAGCCGGGGCUCCAGUCAUUCCACUAUCAAUUGUCAACUCUCACAAAGUAAUGCCCAUUGGUUGGAUGUUUGCAAUAAAACCGUCUUACAGAACGGCGAAAGUAGUGGUGCAAGAACCAGUCGAGUCGGUAGGAAGAACGGAAGAAGAGCUUGCAGAAGCUGUUAGAACUAGUAUGUUGUCCGGGCUGCCCGACGAUCAACGCCCCGUAAACAAGUCUGAAAGAAUGGCCGACUAA